AUGCUGAAGUUUGUCAUCAGCUUCGCCGCACUGCUGUGUACGGCGGCUGCCGUGUCGCUCCACUACCCGGAGAACUCGUUCACUCCCGCGACAGAGUCCGAGGAAGCCCGCUCAGCUGCUAUAAAGAGACUUUUGGAGGUUUUCGGGAUGGACGAUCCCCCUGUGAUUCAUGGACACAAACAGCCCCCUCAGUACAUGCUUGAUUUGUACAACGCGGUAGCCGACGUGGACGGUGUGACCAAGGAUCCGCAUCUUCUGGAGGGGAAUACCGUGCGCAGCUUCUUUGAUAAAUUGUACAGUGAUCAGGUGGAGUUCAGCUUCAAUUUGUCAAUGGUCGCAAGAACAGAGAAGAUUCUCGCUGCAGAGCUCCAUCUUUAUAAGCUGAGACCUCAGGCACCCUUGACGUUCAACAGACAUCACUUCAGCCAGGUCAGUGUUUAUCAGCUGUUUGACUCCAGCAAAACCAAUUUUACGCAGAAGAAGCUGCUUUCCUCUCGACUUAUCCCAGUGCACUCCUCUGGUUGGGAAGUCUUCACAAUCACACACGCAGUGCGCUCCUGGAUGGUUGAUGAGAGCACCAACCUGGGACUUCAAGUGGUGGUUCGGACACUGGGAGGGAGCCAAAUGGAUAAAAAACUGAUCCGCUUUGCCUCAGGGCGCCACCACCAUCACAGCAAACAGCCCAUGCUGGUUCUCUUUACUGAUGAUGGCCGCUACUCUAAUCCUCUUGAGAGCAAAGAUGAUACAGCAGAAACUUCCAACCUGCCCCAGACUCCCAUGUCCGGUCCACCUUCCCGUAGCGCUCGAUCUCUGGGCCAUGAUGCAGACAGUGCAGCCACGCACUGCCAGCGGUUUCCCCUAAAUGUAGACUUCGAGGAGAUCGGCUGGUCGGGCUGGAUCGUAUCACCAAAGGGUUACAACGCUUACUAUUGCAAAGGCUCCUGCUCCUUUCCUCUGGGUCAGACCAUGAAACCAACCAACCACGCCACUGUCCAGUCCAUCAUCAAUGCCUUGAAGCUGGUGAAAGGCAUUGAGAUGCCGUGCUGUGUGCCAGACAAGCUCUUUUCCAUCAACUUGCUCUUCUUUGAUGAUGAUGAGAAUGUGGUUUUAAAACAGUAUAAUGACAUGGUGGCUGGAAGCUGUGGGUGCCACUAA